AUGGCAGGUUCUUCUUCUUCUAGCUCGUGCUCACUGAUGUUGCUGCUGCCGGUGAUGGCGGCGGCGCUGUCGUUGGCCGCCAACGCCGGCUCGUCUGAUCACCUGACCGCCGGUUUCAGCCGUGUCGAGCUGAGCGAGUCGCAGUUCGUGGUACAGAAGCCCUACGACGUGCCCCUAAAGGAGCGGUACGAGGAGUCCGGCGGCGUCCGCCGCAUGUGGGUCUUCGCCACCGACAAGCCCGGCAGCGCCACCCACCCCGGCGGCGCGCGCACCGAGAUCAAAAUCUACAGCUCCGGCGUGUGGCAGUUCGAGGGCGACAUGUACGUGCCGUCGGGCACGUCCGGCGCGUCGGUGAUGCAGAUCUUCGGCGCGGCGACGCACGCCACGACGCUGAUGCUGCACGUCUACGACGGCCAGCUCACUUACUACCAUGAGCUAACCAAGGUGGUUGCGGACCGCGUCUACGACCGGUGGAUCCGUCUCAACGUCAUCCACGACGUCGCCGCCGGGAACGUCACCGUUUUUGUCGACGGCGAGAGGAGGCUGAGUGCCCCCGGCCAAGGCGGGAAGGAACACUACUUCAAGUUCGGCGUGUACAAGCAGUCACACCACAACCCUUCGCACCGCAUGGAGUCGCGCUGGAGGAACGUCGCCAUCUACACCAAGCCCUGA